AUGCGGAAUGAUAGCUUCGAAGACGAGAACCAAUACUACACCCUCUCCUUAACCCACACCAAGGGUACCCAAGAUCAAUUACAACACCCUAGACCCGAUCGCUCCACACUUGCACAGGUGGAGUUGGAGAACAGCUUGAGAUUCCAUCGAUAUACAUCCUCCACAGAGGAGCGCAGUCCACUGCAUAGCAGCCAGGUCUCGUUCAGCUCCAUUCAGACAGACAGCAGCACUCCCGACUUGACGCCUAGUACCUCUUUCUCUUCUUCCUACGAUUCACCAAGCUGCCCUGACGUCGUCCUCGAGGCCACCCAGCAGCUGUACAAGCACGCACAUCAGGUCCAAAUCGAGCCCCGUCGUCGCUUCUAUCUGCCUGCAUCUACGCCACCUACAUACUCUCUUCCUCCCCCGCCUCCCCCGCCGAUAGGUCCCGUCAGCUCGGCGGACACUUGUCCAAGCAUACCUUGCUUCCAACACUCAAACGACUCUACUGCCACCAUCACUAUGGGUUACGAGGAUGUCACAGGAUCAUGCUCAUCGAGGUCCCGGAGUAGGAAGCAGCCUCCUCCUGUUCUUAACCUGUCGCGGACCGCAAGUUCCCCCAGCGCAUCUCGCCGCAGGCAAUACAGUCCUGGAACUCGUCCUCCCUUGGACGCUUCCAUGAUAUCUCCUCCAUCUUUGAUCAACCCAGUCACCAUGGAGCCUCACAUGACUCACUUCGAUCACCCUCUCUUUAUCCCUGCAAACGAUUGCCCUAGUCCCGUUCCUAGCCCGGUAGCUAGCUCCCCACCAAUCUCCCGCCAGUGGACCGCAACGUCGAUGGAGCGCCCAUCAAUCUCAACGAUCGAUGCCUUUUGUGAGCAAUCCGUUUGGGAAUCUGACUCUGAUACCGAGUCUGCAGGCCGUAAAUCUAUGUCUCGUCGGCCCAUUGACACAUUGCGCAAGGUUCGCAGUCGUGCUAAGCUCCGUGCCGCCAAGUCUCAGCCUAAACUUCACCAAACUAUGCUUGAUGACCAGGCCUCUGACCAAUUCCCUCCCAUCUCAGAUGAUAUCCUGGGAGAACCGGUCCCGGAAGCUUUCCGUCCAAGCAUGGACCGCCCUAGCACUAGCAAGGAUAUCGUGCGGUCAAACAACGCCCUGCAGACAUUGCGCCUUGUCGCUCCUUCUUCCACCUCCCUGACUCCUCGCUCCCGGCAGAACAGCAGUGUCAACAGCUCUGACGUUGACCGCACCGCAGCUGCUGCUUUGCAAGCCCAGUUCCGCCGCCGCCAGCGGUCUGAUUCCCACGAAUAUACCAAUUCCACAUCUUCUCAUUCCGACAAGGAUGACAAGGAGAAGUUAACCUCAUUCUGCUACGACCAGUUCUCCUCAGCUCCCAUCACUGGAGGUCGCGAGCAAAGGCCUCUCUUCCAGCGCUUCAUGAACUCCCUGCGUUCAUUAAACUGCCAAAAGCCCCCGAAGUCUCAGAAGAAGAACAACGUUGUCACCAUCUGA